CAAAUCCCUAGUCAAACCUCCCAAUCCACCCAUCUCGCCGAGGGCCCCUCGCUCAUCCUCUAAAAGUUUUCUUGUCUGCACGAGCAUUUCGUCAAUUUUUCAUUCCAAUUCUAGUGCUUUGACUUGGUUGUUGGUUAUCUUUGCCUCUUUGAACUCCUUCACCUUGGAAAACUUCUUUGGCCUCGACUUAUCGUACAAUAAAGUUUCUCAACCGAGGAGGCUACCUCCCUUGCGUUGCAGUUGGCACCAAUGAUCAAACCUGAGUUUUGAUGAAUGACAAGUGGAAGUUAGAUGUGUUGUUGCUCUAACCUUGUUAUCGAGUGUGUAAGGUUGAUUAACUUGAUAGGUCAAGAGGGCCAGACACUAGGUAGGAAGUCCAGUUGGGAUGUGCGAUUCUCGAUUGGCGAAGUUCAGAUGUGGGAUUCUUACAGGAGGUCGAGAUGUUUGAUUCUCGAUAGGUUGAAGUCCGGAUGUGCGAUUCCGGCAGGAGGUCAGGAUGUUCGAUUCCGGAUAGGUGAAGUCUGGAUGUGCGAUUCCAGCAGAAAGACCUGGUGGGUCAGAUUAGAUGUCAAGAAGGUAACUUGACACUUGGUAAGUGGAGGUAAGUCACUGGAGGAGAGUGACUCAGUGAGGAUGCGUUCUGAUUGAGGGGACAGUAGGCGUCGGUCCAAGUUAGGUCCGUUUCAGAAACUUAAAUUGAGACCUUGACUAGUUCAUGAUCUCGAAAAGACAGGAACUAAUUAUUAAUGUUUAUUUUUAUUGUGCUAACUUUGUCUUGCAGGUAUAUUUUAUUUAUGUUGGACUAACACAUUUUGCAAGGCAAAAGAGUACAAAAUGUCUCGGGUGAACAGUACCCGAGGCGCCUUCCAAGCGACUAAAGGCGCCUUAAGUACUGUUAAUGAAAGGCGCUUUUAGGAGCUUGGAAGGCGCCUUCAGUCAGAUAACUCAGAAGACUUCGGCGACAAUAAAACACUGGUUUUGCAGGAUAAACUUUGCCCAUGGAAGGCGCCUUCAGUGCUAUGGAAGGCGCCUUCAAUCCUCUUUAAAAGAGGUAUUCGCCCAAGGCUUUGGAAUAACUGAUUUACAAGCUUCUACGUGUUUAUUCGACGUUCCGAGUACUCCGACUUCCUGCUGCUCUGCUACGACGUUUUGCGCCCGACCACUGCUGAGGAGCUGUCCAACACCGAGCCUAAUCCGAUCAUCUACGAAGUCAGAAAAGGUUGAUUUGGAGAAUACCCUUGUCGACGAGAGCCAAAGAGGGAUUGCUUCUAGAUCAAGACAAGAGAAAUAUAGUGAAGGGAGUGCAAGUGAAUCUGAUUAUGACAAUGAACGUCCUGAUGCUGUUGAAGAAGAAACAGAUGAAGAAGAUAAUGCCUUUUUUGAUACACGAGAUUUUCUAUCAUCAAUCUCUUUUAAGAGCACAGAAUCUGAUUUCUAUAGAUCUGAAAUUGAUUCUGAUGAUGAGGAUGAUUAUGGUGUCUGUUUUGGAGAUGCUAGUGAUUCUUCUAUGAAAUCUGUGGGAUUUAGCUAUCCCUAUGUGAGGAGACGUAAAAAAUUGCCUGAUCCUGUUGAAAAGGAAAAGGGAGUGAGCCUCUGGUCAAUGAUCAAAGACAAUAUUGGAAAGGAUCUUACUAAAGUUUGCCUUCCAGUGUAUUUUAAUGAACCAAUUUCAUCACUGCAGAAAUGUUUUGAGGAUCUGGAAUACUCGUACCUUAUUGAUCGAGCAUAUGAGUGGGGGAAAAAGGGCAAUGGUCUUAUGAGGAUGCUUAAUGUUGCUGCAUUUGCUGUUUCUGGAUACGCUUCAACUGAUGGUAGAAUAUGCAAGCCAUUUAAUCCACUUCUUGGUGAAACCUAUGAGGCUGACUAUCCAGAUAAAGGCCUUAGAUUCAUUUCAGAAAAGGUCAGUCAUCACCCUAUGAUUGUUGCAUGCCAUUGUGAGGGUAAGGGAUGGAAGUUUUGGGGAGAUAGUAAUUUGAAAAGCAAAUUUUGGGGUCGCUCAAUUCAGCUUGAUCCUGUUGGUGUACUCACCCUUGAAUUUGAUGAUGGCGAAGUUUUUCAGUGGAGCAAGGUAACAACUUCCAUUUACAAUCUUAUAUUGGGGAAACUCUAUUGUGAUCAUUAUGGUACUAUGCGCAUACAAGGAAAUUGUGAAUAUUCAUGCAAGCUAAAAUUCAAGGAGCAAUCAAUAAUUGAUCGGAACCCGCAUCAGGUGCAAGGCAUAGUUCAGGAUCGCAGUGGCAAAACUGCAGCAACACUUAUUGGAAAAUGGGAUGAAAGCAUGCAUUAUAUGGAUGGAGAUAUCUCUGGAAAAGGCAAAGGAUCUGAAUCAUUGUCUGAAGCCCAAUUAUUGUGGAAACGUAGCAAACCCCCUAAAUUCCUCACUAGAUACAAUCUCACACGUUUUGCAAUAACAGUAAAUGAGCUGACCCUGGGAUUAAAGGAAAAAUUGCCACCGACAGAUUCAAGGUUGAGGCCUGAUCAGAGGUGCUUGGAGAAUGGGGAGUAUGAGAUGGCAAAUGCUGAGAAGUUGAGACUGGAACAGAGACAACGCCAGGCGAGAAAGAUGCAGGAAAGUGGUUGGAAACCGCAGUGGUUUGUGAAAGAUAAAGGGAGCGAGACAUACCGGUACAUAGGAGGAUACUGGGAGGCCAGAGAAGACAGCAAGUGGGAUGGAUGCCUUGAUAUCUUUGGCCAAGUCCCCAGCGAUCCAAUGACUGAUUAACUUGCAGUUUAGACAGAAACCAAGGUUCUUCUCUUGCAGCUUUUACGGACUAUUUUCUUUUCUGUUUCUUAUCUGCUUUGGUUUCUUGUUGACUGCUCACAAUUUUUUAGCAGCCAAAAUGAAUUUUAGGGUGUAAAGAGAAGAAUAAACAAGUAUAGUGCCAACUUUUAUAAGAAUAAACACAAAAAGUCGCAAUCUUCCAAUU